AUGUCGGACUUGACAGUGAACGAGGCGGAAUACCGUGGACUGAUUCUUUCUUUCGAUGUGCUCUCGACCUUGGACAGGGGGCGCGUCGUAAUUUGUGGAGACUCGAACUUGUUUAUUCGUCAGAUGCAGGGUGAGAUGGACUGCAAAGCACCAGGCCUGCAACUGCUCCGACAGAAGGCGUUGAAUCGACUACGGUCGUGGCCGAAACACGAGUUCCUCCACGUGAAGCGGGAAUGGAAUCAGAGGGCGGACAAGUUGACAAGUACAGCGCUGCAACGAGAAGAAGGCGAAAUAAUCACCUCUCUCAGAGGACGAUCGCCAGGACUUGACCACCCUCAACCGACUGGGCGAAAUGCUGAAACCAAAGUUGAUCGAGACAGUCGUGCAAUCACGCGAGCCGCUGAGAGACAACGACACACACCGAAAGCGAUGGAAGAAUCUAUCAUACAGCGCAUACGGUGUCAGAGGAUUAGACAAGCUCAGGAUGAAGAGAAGUGGAUUGUAGAUCUGAAGAAGUACCUGGACGGGGAAGUGAGUGCCUUGACAGCAGAAGAGGCGAAUGCAUGCUCGAAGAUAGCCACGAAUUACGAAGUAGACGAGAAUGGGCUACUCUUCUUUUGCCCCAAGAUACUGCAACGAGGCGAAGAUCGCGACGGUGGUGAUACCCGAUAG